UUCAGUUCGUUACUCGUUUUUCAGAUGCCAGCUGAAGAUUACGUGACUGCGAUGGAGCUCAUCACCAACGACUAUCGCUUUAGAAGCUUUUCAACGCUGUAUUCCCGGUUGGUAGCGUUCUGGAUGACAUUAUCGAUCGUCAUCUUACUGGUAGUACUGUUUGCCAAUGCUGAAGGUGGUAUUCUUGUGAUGACAUUCUGCUUGUUUUGGUGUGUCAUGCUAUUCGCCGGUAUUAUUGCAUGCGCCAUCAUUCGCAAACAGAUACGCAUUGGUCUCCGCCAUUGUGUUCAGUCAGCUAACAAAAUUCUAAUCAAAAACAAUGUAAUCGCCGGAGUUGAAGACAAAGGACAGCUAAGCUGUCACAAAGUUGUGGUGGGUAAUUUUUCUUUAAUUUCAUUUAUUGGUUUCUGUAUUGGAUUAUGUAGAGCAUUAUUCUGUACGCGCUUCUUGGUUUUGAAAUAUAGUCAGGAAUUUGUGAAGGACACUGCUAGGUAUCGUCUCGUUUUCCCUAGUCGCCCUACGCUAGGAGUUAGUGAUUAUUUACCAAAACACUGUCCGAAACAAAUGUGCCUGUGCCAAUUCAUUGAUAAGCAUCACUUCAAUCGUCCGCCUAGAAAGUGGUAUUCACAUUUUGUUUGA